UGUGUCAUUCAAACAUUUCGUUAGCAACGGUUUUUAUUCCUACCGAUGACCUUUACACAUUGGCACUUUUUAAUUAAUUUCUAAGUAUGGAUCCCCCAGACAAUCUUCUGUGUCCAAAAAUAGACAUCAACAAGAGACAAAAGCAGGAACGGUACGAGGACAAGUGCUGGACGGAACAGUACAGAGGCGACAGCAGGAAAUGGGUUCUCAAGGAUGUUUCUGUACAAGAUACUGUCCCAGUUUCUACCAUGAAAACCUCCUAUAUUCCACCGCACGUGAGGUCACUAAUGACUGAUUUUAAAACUUCAACCGGACCUAAACGAAAUCGACUGUUUGAACAAUUCAGAAACGAGGCAAUUGAAGAAGUCAUGGCUGAAAGUGAUCCUCCACCGCCAAUCGAAGAAUACUGCAGCACUUACGACGAUCAAUUUUUUAAACCAGGUUUUGAAGUCGACGACGAGUUCUAUAAAAAAGAUGUUGAGCUACAUGAAAAAUAUCCGUUGUAUAAGUCUCAGCCUAUGACUUACUAUGCUUAUAAUGCAUACCAUGGAUCUCCUCCUGCUGGACUAUCAAAAAUAACCAGCCCCACUAAUCCUUUCAAAAGAAGUUCGGUAUUCACUAAACCCAUAUCAGAGGUGUACGAUAAUGAAGAACUAAAGGACAGAUAAGGAUUUAAUAAAAACAUUUACAUUAAAAAAAAAAAUAUUCAAAAACUAAUGUGUAAAUUGGUGGUUUAUAUAUAAAACAAAUUAACAAUAUAACAUAACCAUCAACUUCAAUUCUCCAGACACUUAAUUCUGCCCCUCAUGAAUUAUUAAAAGUAAUUUUAAUCUCUUAAGAACAAAGGAAAACUCACUUUCCCUAGUUUUAUGAUGCCAUCAACUUUUAUUUGAUUAGUACUUCCAUUAUUAAUUAAAUAAGGGCCUGCCUCGAAAUAAAAUUCUCCCGUUUAUCAGAUUUUUAUACAUGCAAUUUAUAAUAAACAAUUAUUUAUUAGUGUAUAUGAGUUCGAUGAACGUACUUAUUAAAAAUUCUAACAAAAAGUUUAGCUAUGUAUGUAGAGAUCUCAUAAUGGCAAAUCAUAAUUUUAUCAUUUAAAGCUGGGCGGCCGGAAUAAUAAUUUACAUUUUGGUAAACCGACUGAAGUAAUAAAUUAUUGUUUAAAAUCAUAUUCAUUCACAGCUUUAUCAAUAAUUUACUAUUAAACCAACUAGUAUACACGGCUCCUCAUCAAAUUUAUAUCUUGUAUAAAAUUAUUAAAAUUUAUGUUUGGCACAAAAUUGUUAAUAUUUACUUACCUGGUUGUGGUUUUGGAAUAAAUUUAUACGGGAUUGAAAUAAAGGUCAUUUUUAAA